AUGAGUGAAGAAGAUAUACAAUCGCUAACGUCCCACACUUCUACAACCACAACAUCUACCCGACCGAAAAAGUUUAUAUGCACUUUUGAUAAUUGCGAUAAGGCCUAUAAUAGACCCUCUCUUUUAGAGCAGCAUCAACGGAUACAUACGGGGCAAAGACCUUAUAUGUGCACGUAUCCCGAGUGUGACAAGACGUUUCUUCGUAAAUCGCAUUUAGAUGCUCAUUUGAUCUCCCAUUCGAGAGAAAAGCCCUUCCACUGCUCAGUGUGUGGAAAAGGCGUUAAUACCGCUCAGCAUUUGAAGAGACAUGAAAUAACCCAUACAAAAUCUUUCAAGUGCAUGUAUCCAAAUUGUAAUGAAUCCUUCUACAAGCACCAGUCACUAAGGCAUCAUAUACUUUCUGUUCAUGAAAAAACUUUGACUUGCAAAGUGUGCGAUAAGACCUUUAUGCGACCUUCGAAACUAGCUCAGCAUAAAUUGAAGCAUCACGGAGAAUCUCCCGCUUAUCAGUGCGACCAGCAAGGGUGCUUUAUGAAUUUCAAAACAUGGUCGGCUCUACAGUUUCAUAUUAAGCAAGAACAUCCAAAGUUAAGGUGUGCAAAGUGUGGUAAAGGUUGUGUUGGAAAAAGAGGAUUGCAAUCGCAUAUGUUGAGUCACGAUGAAUCAGCAAAGACAUGGCAAUGUAAUUACUGUGAUAUAGGUAAGUUUAACAAAAAGCUAGAUUUGGUUGCCCAUUAUAACGAAUUUCACGAUGGGAAUUUACCUGACGAUUUGAAAUUGAGUACGUUCAAAAAGAAGGAAAAUAACGAGGAGAUAACGAAUAAUGCUAAUUUGAAAAAUCUUGGCUCUAUUUUUUCAACUGAUAAUGUUAUUGAUGAGAAGAAAAAGGAGAAGGAGGAGAAGGAGGAGAAUGGGUCAGAAAACUGUUUUGGAGCUGACAUUAGAUCAGAUACUGCUCAAGCAUAUAAGUCAAUCACUUCACUCAAUACAUCUUUGCUUGAUGGGAAAAAAGAUAUUAUCAAGUUAAUUCUGAACGAUUUAUCCAAGAAACUAAUCUGUCCAAAACGAAAAUGUGGAAGGACUUUUUCAAGAGACUACGAUCUCAAACGUCAUUUGACAUGGCAUGAGGAAAACUUGAAGAGAAUUGAAAACUUUUUAAAUAACUUACCAGAGACCCUUCCUGGAAAGGAAGCUGACCCGGAACCAGCUCAAAAGAAAGUGAAACUUUCUAAUGACAAUUAUAACCUUAAUGAUGAUGAUAACGACUAUGAUGACAAUGACAACGACGACGAUGACGACGAUGACGACGAUGCUGUGUUUGAUGCAUUGCUUGAUAGCGAAUUAAAAGGAACAAUAGAUACUUGA